UUCUCUCUCACUCUCAGCGUGGACUGUGUGAAAGAGGAGGGGGAGAAAUGGUGGUCAUGAAAACUGCUGUUUAAGGAGAGAGAGUGGUUGUGGCUUUGCGAAAACGCCAAUGGCGUUGUCUCAUUGUCUGGUUUUUCUCUGUUUACUGGUUUUGCUUCCUCUCGGAAAACCAGAUCUUGCGUCGGAAAAGGCAGCACUUCUAGCAUUCAAAGCCGCCGUCGGCAAGUAUAUUCCGUGGAACCAGAGCUCACCGACACCAUGCACAUGGCAGGGUGUACAGUGUGCGAACAACAGCGUUACCGUCAUUCGCCUCCCCGGCUCUGCACUUACCGGUGAAAUCCCGACCGGUAUCUUUGGCAACCUCAGCCACCUCCGCACCCUUAGCCUCCGUUUCAACGCUCUCUCCGGUCAACUCCCGUCGGAUCUCGCCGCCUGUACUGACCUCCGGAAUCUCUACUUGCAGGGUAACCAUUUCUCCGGUGAGAUCCCUAACUUCUUGUUCGGUCUCUACAACCUCGUUCGCCUGAACCUCGCCCAGAAUAACUUUGCUGGAGAGAUCUCGCCGGAUUUCAACAACCUUACCAGGUUGGGGACUCUUUAUUUGGAGAACAAUCAACUCAAUGGUUCGUUACCGAAUCUACCACAAAUCAAGAGUCUUGUCCAGUUCAAUGUCUCGUAUAAUCACUUGAACGGUUCAAUUCCGUCAAGCCUAAGUGGAAAGAGUGCCAAUGCGUUCCUCGGGAAUUCACUUUGUGGCGGUCCGCUCCUUGCUUGUCCUGGCCAGGCACCGCCGCCCAUGAGUAGGGUGGACGGUGGCGGCAGCGGUAGUGGAAAGAAGUUAUCGGGAGGAGCAAUUGCAGGGAUUGCGAUUGGAUCCGUGAUUGGGUUUUUGUUGAUUCUUCUCAUUAUGUUCAUUUUGUGCCGGAAGAAGAGUAGUGGAAAGACGAGAUCGGUAGACAUUGCUUCAGUUAAGCAGGGGCCUGAAGUAGAGAUGCCGGGUGAGAAGAGAGAAAAUGGUAGUUUUAGUAGCAGUGCUGUUCCCUCUGCAGCUGCUGCGGCAACAGCCGCAACCACGACAGUGGCAACAGCUUCGAAGGUGGACAUGAACGGUAGUGGGAAUAAGAAGCUUAUUUUCUUUGGAAAUGCUCCUAGGGUUUUCGAUCUGGAGGAUCUUUUGAGGGCUUCGGCCGAGGUUUUGGGGAAGGGAACGUUUGGCACGGCGUACAAGGCGGUUUUGGAGACGGGAACGGUUCUGGCUGUUAAGAGGCUCAAGGACGUAACCAUUUCGGAGAGGGAAUUCAGGGAGAAGAUUGAAACUGUUGGAUCCAUGGAUCACGAAAACUUGGUCCCGCUCAGGGCUUACUAUUACAGCAAAGACGAGAAGCUCCUUGUCUACGAUUACAUGGCUAUGGGUAGUCUUUCUGCACUAUUGCAUGGAAACAGAGGAGCAGGUAGGACUCCAUUGAAUUGGGUUACCAGGUCUGGCAUUGCUCUUGGAGCUGCCCGUGGUAUUGAGUAUCUCCAUGCGAGGGGAUCCAGCAUCUCGCAUGGCAACAUCAAGUCGUCCAAUAUCCUCCUCACCAAAUCCUAUGAUGGCCGUGUAUCUGACUUUGGUCUUGCACACCUUGUUGGCCCUACUUCCACCCCAAAUCGUGUUGCAGGAUACCGAGCACCUGAGGUGACGGAUGCCCGUAAGGUAUCACAAAAGGCAGAUGUCUACAGCUUCGGUGUCCUUCUGUUGGAACUGUUGACAGGGAAGCCUCCAACGCAUGCCCUCAUGAAUGAAGACGGAGUUGAUCUACCAAGGUGGGUACAGUCGGUAGUGCGAGAGGAGUGGACAUCAGAGGUGUUUGACCUUGAGCUCCUGAGGAACCAGAAUGUGGAGGAAGAGAUGGUUCAGCUCCUACAGCUUGCAAUAGAUUGUUGUGCUCAGUAUCCCGACAAGCGACCAUCAAUGGUUGAGGUGACCCGGCGGAUUGAAGAGCUUCGACGUUCCAGCAUUGGCCAAGAAGAGGAUCUGCAGCCUGAUCUGGUUGACGAAUUGGAUGUUGGAUCAGCCUGGCAAACCAACUGAGUUGGAUUGGGCCAACCACAUCCCUCACUUCUGCACUGAAGAGAGGAUCAUUUGCUAUGCCCAUUUUAAGCAUGUUUAAUUUGGGUUUUUUGGUGGUUUCAUUGAAUCAAGGUUUCGGAUGGGCUUAAUUCUUCUCAUUAAGAAUCGACUGGGCAU